AUGUCGGGACGCAGCAACAAAAACCCGCCAUUACUGAGAGAACUGUCCCGCCUCCCUGUACUUAUAUUGGUGUCCCGCCUCCUGUUCUUAUAUUGGUGUCCCGCCUCCCUGUACUUAUAUUGGUGCCCCGCCUCCCUGUACUUAUAUUGGUGUCCCGCCUCCCUGUACUUAUAUUGUGUGCCCCGCCUCCCUGUACUUAUAUUGGUGUCCCGCCUCCCUGUACUUAUAUUGGUGUCCCGCCUCCUGUUCUUAUAUUGGUGCCCCGCCUCCCUGUACUUAUAUUGGUGUCCCGCCUCCCUGUACUUAUAUUGGUGCCCCGCCUCCCUCUUAUAUUGGUGCCCCGCCUCCCUGUACUUAUAUUGGUGCCCCGCCUCCCUGUACUUAUAUUGGUGUCCCGCCUCCCUGUACUUAUAUUGGUGCCCCGCCUCCCUGUACUUAUAUUGGUGCCCGCCUCCCUGUACUUAUAUUGGUGCCCCGCCUCCCUGUACUUAUAUUGGUGCCCCGCCUCCCUGUACUUAUAUUGGUGCCCCGCCUCCCUGUACUUAUAUUGGUGUCCCGCCUCCCUGUACUUAUAUUGUCUUUGUCUUCUCUCUGCAGUACACUCCGGAGCUGAUCGCUGGUCCCGGAGCGGAUUUGGACCCGAGUGAGGUGACCAUCCAGGGCUGUGAAUGUCGGGGUCAGAGCUGUGUGGUGGGGCGGUGCCCGUGCCUGCUGCGGGGUGAGAACUAUGUGAACGGGCGAGUGACCCUGAGCCGAGAUACGCCCAUCCUGGAGUGCCACGCCCUGUGUGGCUGCGCGGAGACUUGUGCCAACCGGGAGACCCAGCGCGGCCUGCAGUUCCGGCUCCAGGUGUGCAAGGUCCCCGGGAAGGGGUGGGGCCUGCACACAAAGGAGGCGGUACCCAGCGGGCGCUUUGUCUGUGAGUACGCAGGGGAGGUCCUCGGGGAGGAGGAGGCGUGUCUUAGGAUAAAAUCGCAGGACCCCAACGCCAACAAUUACAUCAUCGCUGUGCGGGAACACCUCCAUGACGGGCGCACGCUGCACACAUAUGUGGACCCGACGCGGAUCGGAAACAUCGGCCGCUUCCUCAAUCACUCCUGCCGGCCCAAUCUGGUGAUGCUGCCGGUGCGUUGUCACUCCAUGGUGCCGCGCUUGGCGCUCUUCGCCGCUCGCGAUAUUCAGGCCGGAGAGGAGUUGUGUUACGACUAUUCUGGGAGGUCGUUCAACGCGGAACCUCAGAGUCCGGACAAGGAGUGUGCGGGACACGGGGGCCCGGGGGCCCCGGAAGAGGUGCCUGUGCGGCACAGACGUCUGUUCAGGGUAUUUACCCUUCGAUGGGUCGCUGUACGGUGA